UGCAUGUGCAAGGGCAGAAGCACUUACUUCCUCUGCACUUGAGGAACAGCCAAGCUGGUCUGUCUGGAAAACUGAGGACUUUUAUAACAAAACCUCCAGUGGCAAAAUGAAUACAGAUAGCGGUGGCUGUGCUCGCAAACGUGCUGCAAUGUCUGUCACAUUAACAGCUGUGAAGAGAGUUCAGAGUUCUCCAAACCUAUUGACUGCAGGACAUGAUUCUCAGUCUCCAGAUUCAGCUUGGACAUCUUACAAUGAUGGAAGUAGAGAGACAUUGAAUGGAGACGCUGGUAGUUCAUCUCUUGCAGCAAAAGGCUUUAGAAGUGUCCGGCCAAACCUACAAGAAAAGAAGUCGCCAACUCAGGCACCUCUGCCACCCCCUAGAAAAGAAAGUUUUCAUAGAUCUGGAAUAACUAAUCACAUGAAGGAUGAAAUUAAUUUCCAGUCAAUAACGACUAAGCCAACUAAAAAACUCUCCUCAGAUACUGUCUGCUGUACUAACGAGGAGGCUAUCCAGAGGACAAUGUAUUCUAAAAAAUCUAACACAGGCAUCUCCUAUGCACAAAAAAUUACUAAACCACUGGCCUCAGUCUCCAACACAAGCACAAAAGCAGUAGCUGGCAUUAGAGCUACUCUUCAUCAAGGCCACAGACAAGCAUCUAAAAAACGCAGAGUUUCUACCCUGAAAUUAACCCGGACACAAGACUCACUGAGUAAUGUUCCUCAUAAUACACAGCAGCAGCCCAAGUCUAAUGAAGAGCCAACAUUUUCACAAAGGCCUGUUUCACCCACCUGUAACCCUGUGCCUGAGAUACACACAGCAUCUCUUUCCAUUCAGAUAGCUCCGCUCCUUGACAAUAAAGCAGAGCCUGAAAUCCAAGAACAUCCACCUAGGCUUUUUCCAGACAAUCCACAGAUGCCUCCAAAAGAUGUGGGACAAAAGUCUACAGCUCCUUCUUCUGCACAGUCCACAGAAUGCAGUGUGCUUGGAAACCAGAAAAUAACUGCCAAUGUGAUGGAGGUAAAUGCUUCACAGACACACAGACAAACAGCAACAGAAGUUUCUUCACUGCCUCCUCCUUCCGUGGUACCAGUUAACAGAACCUUUUUCUCACCAGACAGUGGCACCCACCUAGCAUCAUUUAUUUUGCCAGCGCUUGAUGAUUUUUUGCCUUCACGCUUUUAUAAAACCCUGGCCCUCUCACGUUUUUCAUAUAAAUACCCUUUCCUAGCUCCUGAAAAUACUAUCCACAGGAACGAAACAGCCUCUGUAAUCACAGACUCUGCCAUGAGUGAGUACUCCUCUUGCACAGUGAGUGAGUCCUCCACAGCCAUUCUAGAUGAGCUGCAGACUUGUAACUAUGAUACUACUGACUGUUCUGAAACACCUUCCCCAACCUUGAGCCAGAUGUCUGCUGUGUCAAAUGGCACCACCUUAACCACCACUGCUGCCACUUCUCAAGCCCAGAUAACAGUGAAUGGGAACUCUGGCACUGCUGCCAGUCCAAUGAGUCACUUUCAAAGGCCUUUUUCCCCUUCUUCAGCUUACUCUCCACCACCUUCACUCAAUUCAAACAUUAUCAUGCAGCAUGGCAGGAAGAUGGACUCCACAGAGACAUACUCACAGUAUGGUCAGUCUGUUGGCAGCAGCACCAUUCCCAGUACGAUACCAAUCUGUAGAUCUUCAGAGGAAGAGAAGAAAGUCACAGUCAUUAGAGCACCACAUUAUGCAGGGAUUGGCCCAGUAGAUGAAUCUGGAAUCCCAACAGCAAUUAGAACGACAGUUGACCGGCCAAAGGAUUGGUAUAAGACAAUGUUCAAGCAAAUCCAUAUGGUUCACAAGCCUGAUGACGGCACAGACAUAUAUAAUGCUGCAUAUGCAUAUAAUACUGGUAGUUACAGCCCAUCCCUUCCCACUCAGUCACACCCUGCUGCAAAGACACAGACAUACAGACCAUUGUCUAAAAGCAUUUCUGACAAUGGCACUGAUGCCUUUAAGGUCUCUUCCCCGAUACCUCCUCCACAUGUACCACCUCCAGUCCCACCACUUCGUCCAAGAGAGAGGUCUACAUCCGAAAAAAAUGACUGGGAUCCUCCUGACAGAAAAGUAGAUACCCGCAAAUUCCGUUCUGAACCAAGAAGUAUUUUUGAAUAUGAGCCGGGGAAAUCAUCAAUUCUUGAACAUGAAAGACCGGCUGAUCAUAUAAACCCAGAUGACAUAGAUUUAGAAAAUGAACCCUGGUAUAAAUUCUUUUCAGAACUGGAGUUUGGAUGUCCGCCUCCUAAAAAGCUUUUGGACUAUGUUCAAGACAAUUCUCCUGGUGUUUCCAAUGAGACCUCCUUAUAUCACCCUUCUCCAGACAAAGGCCUGGACAGACCUUCUAGUUCUGCAAGUGACUACAGAAAAAGGAGGAAGUCGGAGCCUGCUGUAAGUCAUCAGAGGGUGCACAGUGAUCAAAAUGCAAACAGGACUAGCCUGGGCCAUGCAGAUAUGCAGGGCACGUACACUACCCUUAGAAAGCCUUUAACUAGCUCUUCUCCUUCUUCUCCAUCAAGAGCAAAAGGUGGAGAUAUUAGUCAAGUGUAUCCAUCCCUUUUCAGUUAUUCAGUGCACAACCACAACUCUUCAAAUGAAUUAGAUUAUUGUAGCUCUUAUAGACAGCAUUUGGCUGUUCCAAGUGAUUCAAGAAGGGCAAUCCAUUAUAAGAAUGGCUGGCAAAUGACUCGUCAGAAUGCAGAAGUCUGGAGCAGCACAGAAGAAACUGCCUCUCCCAAGCGGAAAUCUCGUAGCUGCGAUGAUCUGUUAACAGAUGAUCAUGAUAGCUUUCCUGAUGCACAGGCCAAGUCUGAAAGUAUGGUAUCUCUCAUUUGCGAGGAGGAUUCCAAAGGCAGUUGCUCAUUGACCUGGGCCUCCCUAUAUGUUCCUGAGAGCCGCAGUACUAGUCGGUCAAGAAUUCGUCAUAGAUCUGCACAUGAUACCCCAGGAUUCCUAAAAAUGUACAAGAAGAUGCACCGCAUCAAUCGCAAGGACUUGAUGAAUUCUGAGGUGAUUUGUUCUGUAAAGUCCAGAAUAUUACAGUAUGAAAAAGAACAGCACAAAGGUAUGCUUCAGGGCUGGAGAGAGUCUUCUACUGAAGAGGUGCCCAGGGACAUGGUGCCUACGAGGAUAUCCGAAUUUGAAAAAUUAAUUCAAAAAUCAAAAUCAAUGCCGAAUUUAGGUGAUGAAGCAUUAUCAACAGUAACACUAGAGCCUCCUAAAAAUGGCUUCUGUUCAAAUCGGCGAUUUUCUAUCGAGUCCCUGCUGGAGGAGGAAAAUCAAGGUAGACAUGCCAUUCAAGUACAACGCAACUGCAAGCCUAAAACUCUGGUGCCAAUUCAUAUUGAAGUGACCAGUGAUGAACCACAAAGAUCGCAUCUGGAGUUUUCUGACAGUGAUCAAGAUGGAGUGGUCUCUGACCUCAGUGACUUUAUCCAGAUAGAAGGCUCAUCCUUUUGUAGUGAAAGUGACUUUGACCACUUUUCCUUUACAUCUUCUGAGAGUUUUUAUGGAUCAGGCCACCAUCACCAUCAUCACCAUCAUCACCAUCAUCACCACAAGCAUCUCAUCAGCACUUGCAAGGGGCGAUGUCCAGCAUCCUACACCCGCUUCACCACCAUGUUAAAGCAUGAAAGGGCUAAACAGGAAAGUACUGAAGAUCCAAGGAGACAAGAAGCAGAAUCUGGCCUCUCUAAGAUAGCAUUCCUAGUCAGUCCAGUGCCUUUCCGGAGGAAAAAAAGUUCAGCCCCUAAAAAACAGACUGAGAAGACUAAAUGCAAAUCAUCUGUGUUCCAGGCACUAGAUUCUGCUCUUAAAGAUAUCUGUGACCAAAUUAAAGCAGAAAAGAGAAGGGGAAGCUUGCCUGACAACAGUAUAUUACACAAACUUAUUACUGAAUUGCUUCCAGAUAUACCCGAAAGGAAUUCGUCUCUUAAAGCUCUUAGAAAAAGUCCCAUGCACCAGCCUUUUCAUCCACUGCCUCAAGAUGGUGCCAUGCAUUGUCCACUGUACCAAAAUGAAUGUGGAAGACUACCUCUUAGUGCCUCUUUUCAGGACAUGGAUACAACCAACAACAACAAGCAAGACAAUGAUAGUGCACUGUGUUUCCAAGUAGACCAGGAGUCUCCUGGGAGCUAUUCUGCUUUGACUGAUGUGGGUCGAUGUACUCCACGGGAGAGAAGAGGAAUUCCAGACAGAGAGAGGCUGCCAGCUCGAGCUGUAUAUGACUUUAAGGCUCAGACCUCUAAGGAACUGUCCUUUAAGAAAGGAGAUACUGUCUAUAUCCUCAGGAAAAUAGAUCAAAACUGGUAUGAGGGAGAGCACUAUGGAAGAGUUGGAAUUUUCCCAAUUUCUUAUGUUGAGAAACUUUCUCCCCCAGAAAAAGCACAGCCUGCCAGGCCACCUCCUCCAGCACAAGUUGGAGAGAUUGGAGAAGCUAUUGCCAAAUAUAAUUUCAGUGCAGACACAAAUGUGGAACUAUCAUUGAGAAAGGGAGACAGAGUAAUUCUUCUUAAGCGAGUUGAUCAAAACUGGUAUGAAGGUAAAAUACCAGGAACCAACAGACAAGGCAUCUUCCCUGUUUCCUAUGUAGAAGUCAUCAAAAAGAAUGCAUCAAAAGGUGCUGGUGACUACCCUGAUCCUCCAAUACCCCAAAGCUAUUCUAGUGAUAGAAUACGCCAUUUAAGUUCAACUAAGCCACAGCGCCCUGUGUUUGCUCAUGAAAACAUACACAGUGGGGGGGAACCGUUUCAGGCUCUAUAUAACUAUACUCCUAGGAACGAAGAUGAACUGGAGCUCAGGGAGGGAGAUAUCAUUGAUGUGAUGGAAAAGUGUGAUGAUGGAUGGUUUGUGGGAACCUCAAGAAGAACCAAAUUCUUUGGUACUUUCCCUGGAAACUAUGUCAAGAGGCUGUGAAUUUUUUCCCCUACUUAUUUAUGCAUCUCUGCAACACAUCUGCAUAAAGCAGCUAGAAAACAUGCUACAACAGGCCUUCUGUUUUCUUGCUUUGCAGUCUCAAAUAAAGGUCAUCUAGUUCAUCAUCAUCCCCAUCCUCAUCUGCCAAACCGUUCCAGCAGUAUUAUAGCAACGACUACAGUGUAUGAAUAACUAAGCUUUUAUGAAACAAGAGGAAUCGUUUCAACAUUUAAGUACUUUUUUCUGCUUUAGUCCCCCCCUGUCCCCAUUAGCAACAAAGGAAUAGGAAAACCUUGAUGGAAGGUACACAGGUGACGCAUCAUGGGAAAAUCUGCAUUGUUUGGGACAUUUGUGGUACUAGCAUUAAAUGCUAUGCAAAAAUUUGAUUCUUAGCUUCCACCUGGUACAAAGAGAAAGUUGUUUACUUUUUAAAAAAAAAUAAAAAGUUGUGUCCACAUUCUUUUUAGCUUGGCAACUUAUGUUGCUUUCACUCUGCUGUAUCACAAGUUUGCCUAUUCUCUUGGUUUACGAUAUAUGACAAUUAUAAUAUAGAUUUUUUUUGCCUGCACUUAUAUGUUGUAACAUAUGCACAGCGAUUGUAAAAUGUCAAGCAAGAGUAGUUAAAAUGGGGGAACUGCAAGUGUGUUGGAUGGGUGUGAUUGUAUUGGUUAAAUCUUAUUUUUUCCAAAUAAGCUAUAGUGCUUUCUGUUAAAACUCAAGAAGUGCAAGAGGCAUGAAAUCUUGAGAGUUUGUGGAUAAUGAUGAGACAAUGAGCUAUCAAGAUAGACAACAACAGUGAUCUACUGAUGUCUAACAUUACAUGACUAUAUCUAAAUUUAUUGUAAUAAUCAGCAACAUGAAUUUGAGAGGUUAGUUUUUUUUAUUUAUCAGAUGAAGCUUACAGAACAAACAGUGUUAGUGCAACAUUGUAUUCUAACAUAGCCACCUGAAAAAAUAUGCACAGAUGUACUGAUUUUAUUUCACUAGCUAUAUAUGUAUAUGUUAACAAAAUCUGAAUUCUUGUUUAGGAAUAUAGUACACACAAAAACCAAGUCACAGCUAUUAAAACUGAUACAUUUAGUAUUUUUUUUCUGAAUGAAACAAAUGUCUGAACACACUAUUCUUUUUCCUUAUGCGAAGGUAAGCAAAAAUAAUAUAUGAAAUUACGAGACAGGAUGAUAAUUGUGGCUUUAUACAAACAAUUCAAAUUUGGUUUCUUCAGCACCUUAUAGAUGGUAAAGGCUUCUAUUGCAUUUUUCUUGUGAUAAAGGGUUGAUCUUAUCACUAUGUAAGUAGUCUCUAGCAUUUUGUACUUUUUUGUACAGAACCAUUUUGGUGUUGAUUUAAAAAAAAAUCAAAGUUCUUCAUUUGAUCUUUGCCAUUUUCAUAAGACAGAACAUCUUUACUUGCCCCUCUUACCAUAAGCACACCUGGAUAGUGCAAUUCUGUAAAAUAGCAUUUUAUGCAAAAAUUUAUUAAUGGUUUUAGUAGCCAAAUCUAAAUGUACAUAUGACUUUAUUACAGAAAAAUGUCAUUAAGACAAAGGUAAAGAAACAUCUUUGUGCAGCAUACCUUUAUUACUGCAGAUUUCAUGGCAAAAGCUUUAUAUUUCAAAAGCUUUCAAUUUUAAUUUAGAUCUGCAUGCAGCUUUGCUGUGAGAUUCAUACCUAUCUUUGAUGCCAUUUAUGCUGGAAGACAAAUAUCUGUUGCCUGUGAUAUUUAAAAAAGUACUGUUUCUACUCUGUAACUGAUUUUUAAAAAUACAAGUUUUUCAUACCUGGCUUUCAGGUAAUUGACUUUAAAUUCUUAUAAGCAAAGGAUCUGUGUUUUUUCUUGAAUAGACUUCUAAUAAAUUCUGCUUGGAGUACA